CCUCACCCGCGCUCUCGCUGGAGUAAAGUUGUCUUCCUCUCCUCUCUCUCGUUUUGGGUCUUCCAUACACCUCCACUCCUCCCCUUCCUCUCCUCGGGGAGAGGCACAUUGUCUUUGGCGCAGUGUCCGGUUUCAAGCCAUGCUGCGCGGCGCGCUCUCCCGCGUGGCUCAGAAAUAGAAGCAAGAGGUCCGGGAGGAGGUUCUGCUGAGAGACACUUUGGCUGAGGCUGAGCUCCUGUCCCGAGCACAAACUGAGGAUAUAUGCAUAUUUAUCUCUGUUCUUCAUCACUGCUCUUCUCCGCGGACGAGACAAGCAGCGUGGAUCUCAACUAAAUGACUGCGAGUUGACCAGCUCACCUGGUGUGUCUCUCCGAUGCUCUUGGCGCCUGAGGAGAAGUGAACCUAGCCCCCGCGGGCCCUCAUGGGACGCCCCGUUAGCCAGCAUGCACUGCUGCUGCUGCAGUGCAUGCUGCUGCUGCGGCUCGAAGGCGUGGCCGGUAGGAGAGGGCCGGUGCUGCUCCCGGAGUCGCCGUGUCACAAGACAGAACACCCGAUCAUCCCCCACUCAGGGAUGGAGCCGUGGAUUUUCCGGUUCAAAGCAGAGGGCACGGUGGAUUACUCCCAGUUGACCUUUGAUCCCAGCCAGAACGAGCUGAUUGUGGGUGCCAGAAAUCAUCUCUUCAGGCUCAAUCUUGAGGACCUAACACUGAUCCAGGAGGCUGAAUGGCACUGUGACAAGUUCACCAAGGGAGCCUGCUUCAGCCGAGGAAAGUCUGAGGAGGAGUGCCAGAACUACAUCAGGGUGCUGCUGGUCAAUGGAAACAGGCUGUUUACCUGCGGCACCAAUGCCUUCACUCCCAUCUGCACCAACCGAACGCUGACCAAUCUGACCGAAAUCCACGAUCAGAUAAGUGGAAUGGCUCGAUGUCCUUACAAUCCCCUCCACAACUCCACCGCACUCAUCACGUCCAGCGGCGAGCUUUACGCAGCUACGGCCAUGGACUUCUCCGGGCGAGACCCAGCCAUCUACCGCAGCCUGGGCGGCCUGCCACCGCUACGUACUGCCCAGUACAACUCCAAGUGGCUUAAUGAACCAAACUUUGUGUCGUCCUACGAUAUCGCCAACUUCACUUACUUCUUCUUUCGCGAGUAUGCGGUGGAGCACGACUGCGGUCGCACAGUCUUCUCUCGUGCCGGCCGUGUCUGUAAGAAUGACAUCGGCGGCCGCUUCCUCCUGGAAGAUACGUGGACGACUUUCAUGAAGGCCCGGCUCAACUGUUCCCGGCCAGGAGAAAUCCCCUUUAACUACAACGAGCUGCAGGGCACCUUCUACCUACCUGAGCUGGAGCUACUCUAUGGCAUCUUUACCACCAAUGUAAACAGCAUUGCUGCAUCUGCUGUGUGCGCCUUCAAUCUCAGUGCCAUAUCACAGGUCUUCAACGGACCCUUCAAGUACCAGGAGAACUCCCGCUCAGCCUGGCUGCCCUAUCCUAAUCCCAACCCUGACUUUCAGUGUGGCACCAUCGACUCAGGCUCCUAUGUGAACCUGACAGAGAGAAAUUUGCAAGAUGCCCAGAAGUUCUUGUUGAUGCAUGAGGUGGUCCAACCCGUGGUUCCCGUGCCCUACUUCAUGGAGGAUAAUGUCCGCUUCAGCCAUGUGGCCGUGGAUGUGGUGCAGGGCAAAGACAUGCUCUUUCAUAUCAUCUAUUUAGCCACUGAUUACGGCACUAUCCGAAAAGUGCUCUCCCCUCUGAAUCAGUCCACGGGAAGCUGCCUAUUGGAAGAGAUCGAGCUGUUCCCAGCCAGGAAGAAGCAGCCCAUCCGGAGCCUGCUGAUCCUGCACAGCCGGAGCGAGCUGUACGUGGGCGUACGAGACCAGGUCAUCAAGAUCCCCCUGAAGAGGUGCAGCUACCACAAGGGCAGAGAAGCAUGUGUGGGGGCCAGAGACCCUUAUUGUGGUUGGGACCUCCUCCUGAAGAAGUGCACCACCCUAGAGGAAAGCGCCAGAAUGAGCCAAUGGGAGCAGAGCAUUACAAAGUGUCCUGUCCGCAAUGUGACAGUCGAUGGAGGUUUUGGUGCUUGGUCGGGAUGGUCCACUUGUAGCCACAAUGACGGUGGCAGCGCAGGGUCCUGCCUAUGUCGGACACGGGCGUGUGACAGCCCCGCCCCUCAGUGUGGUGGGCAGAGGUGUCGUGGGAGCAGCGUUGAGGUCGCCAACUGCUCCAGAAACGGAGCCUGGACUCCUUGGACUUCUUGGUCUCCUUGCAGCACCAGCUGUGGUAUCGGCUUUCAGGUUCGUCAGCGCUCCUGCAGCAACCCAACCCCUCGCCACGGAGGGCGCGUGUGUGUGGGUCAGAACCGUGAGGAGAGGUACUGCAAUGAACACCUGCCCUGCCCUCCUCACGUCUACUGGUCGGCCUGGUCGGCAUGGGAACGCUGCAACGUGCCUUGCGGCGGUGGCAUUCAAUCCCGGCGGAGGACCUGUGAGAAUGGCAAUGAGUGUCCUGGGUGUGGCCAGGAGUACCAGUCAUGCAACUCCCAGCCUUGUCCUGACCUGAAGAAGACCACUCCCUGGACGCCUUGGACACCGGUUAACAUUUCCGACAACGGCGGCCACUACGAGCAGCGUUUCCGCUACACGUGCAAGGCUCGCAUCCCGGACCCCAGCCUACUGGAGGUGGGCAGGCAGAGGAUUGAGAUGCGCUUCUGCUCCAGCGACGGCUCUACCGGCUGCUCCACUGAUGGUGAGGUUCUUCAUCUGGGGAAGAUCUCUGGACGCACCAUAAAUGGCGGCUGGUCCUCGUGGUCUUCCUGGACCCAGUGCAGCCGAGACUGCAGCCGUGGCAUCCGCAGCAGAAAACGGGCUUGCAACAACCCAGAGCCCAAGUAUGGAGGUCAGACCUGCCAGGGGGCUGCACAGGAGUACCAGGAGUGCAACACCACCCCUUGCCCUGUGGAUGGAAGCUGGUCCUGCUGGUCUUCAUGGUCCAAGUGCUCUGUGACGUGCGGAGGAGGCCAUUACAUGAGGACUCGAACUUGCAGUAACCCCCCACCUGCUUACGGAGGGGACAUCUGCCUUGGGCUGCACACUGAAGAGGCACUAUGCAACACUCAAGCCUGCCCAGAGAGUUGGUCCAGCUGGUCCCAGUGGUCCCCGUGCGACUCCAGGGGGCCCCAGUUGCGUGUCCGUCAUUGUGAUGUUCUGUUUCCUACUGGAAAUCAGUGCACGGGGAACAGCAGUGAGAGCAGGCCGUGCGCUCCUGACUCCAACCUUAUACCAGAAGUCUCCAUUGCACGCUCCAGCCAAGAGGAGAGACGCUGUGGAGACUUCAACCUCUUCCACAUGAUUGCCGUGGGGCUCAGCAGCUCCAUCCUGGGGUGUCUGGUCACCCUGCUCGUGUACUCGUACUGCCAGCACUACCAGCAGCAGUCGCACGACGCCACCGUCAUCCACCCCAUCACCGCCGCGCCGCUCAACACCAGCAUCACCAACCACAUCAACAAGCUGGACAAAUACGACACCGUGGAGGCCAUUAAGGCCUUCAACAAAAACAAUCUAAUUCUGGAGGAACGACAAAAGUACUUCAACCCACAGCUCACUGGGAAGACUUACACCAACGCAUACUUCACCGACCUCAACACCUACGAUGACUAUUAAACAGGAAGAUGCCAAAUUCCUGCCCACCCACCCUGACUGGAUUUUUCCAGUGUUAUAUAUUGAGAUUCGUGAAACCAGGCGUUGGGCUCUCUGAGACUGGCAGCAAAAACACGUGAACUCCUCGUCAUGCCAACAGAGGGAGCGGCCCACUCUCUCAGGUGCCUUGCGGUACGCUCGGUAAGCUCAGUUCCCUUUGUGGGAAAUGGACGACUGGGUCUCCCCCUGACCAACAACCCGAUGAACAUGAAAGGGGAAUCGGUUUUAACUUUCCUGUGACUCCACGUGAAGAGUGCUACAUUUGUAAUGAGGCACACAAAUUCUGCUUUGCAUGACACAUCUGAUGUCUUCAGUUUGCAUGACAGCAUUCCAUUUGUUUUAUGUUUCUUUCUAAGAUGACUCGCAAGAAUCAGGAUGUAGAUAUUUGAAGUUAAGUUAGUUGUUUUCUGUUGCAGGCUCAUGCAACAAGAUGUUGAAUUGAUUGCCUACAAUUUUGCUUUGUUUUUCCUAUUUACAUUUGUCUCAAUUGUUAAAAGAAUAAUUUACGUUUGUGUAUUCUGAAGAGUAACUGGCAGUAUUCACAUCAGCCUGCAUACAUUUACUCAGUACAUUUUGUAUUUUUCUGUAAAAAAAAAAAAAAAAAAAAAGAAAAUGUUAAUGAUAACAGUGUUUACUAUUUUUUUUGUCCUUGUAUUUGUGGCGCAGGAUGUUAAUGGUAUUUGCUGUACAGAUGCAGUGUAGCAAACAUUAUCCUCGCCAACUGGAGUGCUACCCGUCUAUACUGCAAGAUGAAGUUCAGUCAUCAAGAGACAUUUAUGUUCAUAACCAAAUAUUAGCUUAUUCAGUGGUUGAGUUGCAACUAACUCUUUUUACAUGUCUGCUUGUGUUGCUGUGCAUAAAUUAAA